CGGAAUUCCGUCGGUAUAUUCCGAGGAUUUCAUUUUCCGUCGGAAUGUCCGUCAGAAUAUCGCUGUUUUCUUGUAGUGUGACUCCUUACAUACUAGAACCAAAGAAUAGAGAUGUGAUACAAAAAUUACAAAGACAGCAAGGAUGCAAUGCAAGAACAGAGAUAUGAUAACAACAUUCUCUCGACAACACUAAGUCACUAAGCAAGUAAGCAGUGCUCAGAGUCUUUGAGAGUAUACCUCAAGGCUCAAGUCCAGUAUCAACACAAACUUACAAAACGUUAGAUACUAAAAGAUAAUACCUCAAGUCAAAGUCCCUUCUCCUUUAUCCUCUUCUUCUUUCUCCUCUUCCUUCUUCUCAACAGACUCAUCAUCUAAGAAGAAAACGAUUUUCUUUUCAAUGAAACAUAUCAAAAAAAUUAAAAAAUCAUUGUAAAACAGAUUCGAUAAACACAGAAGAAGAAACCCUAAAUCCUAGAUAGAUCGAUCAAAAAUAGAUGAAUCAAAGAAGAAACAAACCUAGAAUGAUUUUCUAUACAAACCCAUAAGAAAAAAAUCACUGAUUUUUAAAAAAAAAUUGAACAAAUCGAAGAUUUUCGAAGACGCUAGAGGGAAAGAGAUGAUUUCCGAUGAAACAAGGAUUCUCCAUAACCCUAAUCGCCAUUGAUAAAGGUUGAAGUUACGUUAGAGAAAGGAGUAAAGCGAAAGAAAAAUUAGGGUAAAACCAUUUAAGUGUUUUUUUUUUCUCUAGUGGGUUUAUUUUUUCCUUCUGUUUUUAAUAUUUUUAAUUUUAAUAUUAAAUCAACUACGAAAUAUUUUAUUUAUUGGUUUUUAAUUAAAGAAAUUGAAUAAUUUAAGGGUAUAAUGGUACUAAAAUUAAUCUAAAUCAUCUUUCCCUAAAUAAUGUUCUAAAAAUCUUAUUGGGACAAAUCUAAGUUCAAAGUGUCCAUUUUUUCCAAUUUUCCAUUUUUUUAAACUACGCUUUAAUAUUGUUUUUGCAAUUUACCUACCAGAACCCCUAAAAGUGCAAUCCGUUAUUAUAAAUAAAUAGAUUUACUUAUAAAUAAAUGAUCAGAUAAAUCCUAUUAACAUUAUCCAAUAGUUAAAUCAAUCAUUUAGUAAAUUCAUCUAAAAAAUCUGAUAAAAUCAGAAUUUCUAACAGAUAGCUUCUGAGUAUAUAAUAAAUAAUUUAAAAUUCAGAACAAUAUCAGGAAAUAGAUAUUAAUGGGUACUCUAUUUAACUAACAAAAACUUUUUUUUCCCUAAUCAAACUCUCUCUAUAAACCGUCUCCAAAAUUUUCUCUAUCCACAACUCAACUCUCUCCUCGAUCUUCUCUUUAUCCUUCUUUUUACGGAGUAAAUCAAGGUAAUUAACCUCUUUUCGAAACCCUAACAAAUCUCCCCCAAUCACGAAAACUAAUGUCCUUAAGCAAAUUCCACGGUGGCUCCUCCUCCUCCUCUACCACGGCUUGCGCUGCUUGUAAAUACCAGAGGAAAAAGUGCACCGAACACUGUAUUCUCGCUCGUUACUUCCCACAAGAAAAACAAAAUCAGUUUCUAAACGCCCAUAAACUGUUUGGAGUAAGCAACAUCACAAAGUUCAUCAAAGGAGUUGAAGAAUGUCAACGGGACAUAGCUAUGAAUAAUCUUAUCUUCCAUGCUAAUGCUCGUGCUCGAGAUCCAGUUUGGGGAGUUUGCAAGAUCAUGCUUGAUCUGAAGCACCAGAUUGCUUGUACUCAGGCUGAACUUAACUUAGUUCAUCAUCAGAAUCUUGCCAUGUGUCAAACUAUAGCUCUCCAGCAGCAAUUUGGUUGCUAUUCGUACGGAGAUUUAUUAGAACAAGGAGACGAAUACCUUAAUAUUGAUGGUCAUGUUCAUCAGAAAUAGAGUCAGAUGUUUAUGGACAUGCCUAUCAAGCUUGAGAAGAAAAAGUUUCUGUGGACACAAGAAUGCAAUGAACCAGAUAACUAGUCUUUUGGUUUUUGUACACACUAUCCAAAGUUUAGGUUUAAUUUGUUUUCGUGUUACCACGGCUCUUUUCUUUGCUAUAGUUUCUCAGAUUGUCCAAAUCUAUCCUCGUAAUAGUAGCAGUAUUUUUUACCAUUUUGUUCC